GGAAACUAUAUAUAGAUGCAACGAACAUAAUAUGUGAGUGUUGUACGUAACAUUCAUACCUGUCACACCUUCCUCUAUAAAUUAUUCAACCAUGCAAUCAUCCUUAGAGUCCCAUUGAAUACAGAAAUGGUGAAGUCAAUAGUGUGCAUUGUUCUCGCUCAAUUCUCACUUGCUGCGCUCUUACCUCUUUCUAUGUGUUAUCGAACACAUGAAUGCACAACCGCCUCUCUCUCCCCUUGGUUUUACGAAAACUCCUGCCCAAAAGCACAAGCCAUCGUUCAAUUCUUCGUCGCCAAAGCAUACUCCAUUGACCCUCGCAUGGCUGCCUCACUGCUUAGGCUCCAUUUCCAUGAUUGUUUCGUCAAUGGAUGUGAUGCUUCCGUCCUUUUGGACAGUAGUGGAACCAUAGAAAGCGAGAAACGAUCAACUUCAAAUCAAGACUCUGCUCGAGGUUUCGAAGUCAUUGAUGAGAUUAAGUCUGCCUUGGAAAAUGAAUGUCCUGAAACAGUUUCUUGCGCCGAUAUCUUGGCUCUCGUUGCUAGAGACUCCGUUGUAAUUUGUGAUGGACCGACUUGGGAAGUAUAUCUUGGAAGAAGAGAUGCAAGAGAAGCAAGCUUAAGUGGUUCCAUGGAGAACAUUCCUUCUCCCGACUCCACGUUACAGACAAUUGUCAACAUGUUCAACCUUCAAGGGCUCGAUCUCACCGAUCUUGUUGCCCUCUUAGGGAGUCACACGAUAGGAAACUCGAGGUGCUUGAAUUUCCGACAAAGGUUAUACAACCAUUCUGGAAACAAUGACCCCGACCAGACAUUGAAUCAAAACUACGCCUCUAUGUUGCAGCAGGGAUGUCCGAUUUCGGGGGAGGACCAGAACCUCUUUAAUCUUGACUACGUGACGCCGACUAAGUUUGACAAUUACUACUUCAAGAAUCUGGUGGACUUUAGAGGACUCUUAAACUCUGAUGAGAUUUUGUUCACGCAAAGCAGUGAGUCCAUGGAGCUGGUCAAGCUUUACGCGGAGAAUGAGGAAGCCUUCUUUGAGCAGUUCGCCAAGUCGAUCGUGAAGAUGGGGAACAUCUCACCGUUGACGGGGACGGAUGGUGAGAUCCGGAGGAUCUGCCGGAGGGUUAACCAUGAUGUUUGAGUGAGUUUCGUUAUUGGAUAGUCAUAUAUAUGGGUUUACAUUAGGCUUGAUCUGUGUAAUUUUAUUUUUAAUUUUUAAUUAACUUAUGAUUUAUGAAAGUUUUGU